AUGGAAGCGAAGCUUCAGACAUUCAAAGUCGCUGAACUGAAAGAUCUGUUGUUGAGAGCGAACCUUUCGACUUCCGGCAACAAGCCUGAUCUGAUCAAGCGCCUGUUGGAAAACCCAGAAGCGACCAAGUCGCUCGAGGCAUCUGUCGGCGAAGCUGCUCCACAGCCUGCCGAACCGCCCAAGCAGGACACACCAGCACCUGCGGCAGAGCCCACUCGUGAUCCUGCCCCGCAGAACGCUGAGCCUGUCGCAUCUGGCAAGCCAUCCGAGACAGAGCGCAAGAAUGCACUCUUAGCUGAGUUGGAGAAGCGCAAGGCCCGCGCUAUCCGGUUCGGCCAGCCAUAUGAAGAUGUUGAAAAGCAAAUUCUGCGAAUUCAAAAGUUUGGCAUAGAAGAGGAUGCGCAUACGAAUCGACUCGACACGGAGCUCAAGAAAGACCAUGGAAAGCGCGGUGCGCCGGUCAAGCCAGCGCCGGCGGCCUCUGCCGAGCCAGAAGUGGAUCCUGAAGAACUUGAGCGGAGAAAGCGCCGUGCUGAGCGCUUUGGACUGGUGCCUAAUGAAACCAAAGAGCACGCUGAGAAAAAGAAGCGCGUCGCAUAG